GGGAUAAUUACAAUAGCAAUUCAUCAGCACCAAUGAGUAGAAUAGAGAGGCUCAUGAGGGAAAGAGAGUUAAGAACGAAGAACAAAGCUUCCUAUUCUAAUGAAGCUAUUGAUCUUGAACCACACUUAAGGGAAGGUGAUGACUAUAUGGAAGAAUAUCUCAAAGGAGGCUCUUCUGCACGUGAUGAAUGGGAAAAGCCUGAUGAAGGGCUGUUUACAGAACGGUUAUUAGUCGUUGCUAAUAGACUUCCAGUGUCUGCUGUUAGGACAGGAGAAGAGAGUUGGUCACUGGAGGUUAGUCAUGACGAAUAUGUUAGUGCUCUUUUGGGCGUGAAGGAUGUUGUUGUGAAAUGGAUUGGAUGGGUAGGUGUAAAUGUGCCAGAUGAACUUGGGCAGAGGUCACUAACGAAAGCACUGGCCCAGAAGAGGUGCAUACCAGUCUUUCUCGAUGAGGAAACUGUUCAUCAAUAUUAUAAUGGUUAUUGCAAGAACAUAUUAUGGCCUCUUUUUCAUUAUCUUGGUCUUCCCCAAGAAGAUCGUCUGGCUACAUCCGGAACUUUCCAGUCCCAGUUUGACGGAUACAAGAGAGCAAAUCAAAUGUUUGCUGAUGUGGUGACUUUUCAUUAUGAAGAAGGUGAUGCUGUUUGGUGCCAUAAUUACCAUCUUAUGUUCCUUCCCAAGUACCUGAAAGAGUAUAACAGCAACAUGAAAGUUGUAUGGUUCCUUCAUACACCAUUCCCAUCUUCUGAAAUUCACAGAACAUUGCCUUCUCGCUCUGAGCUUCUGCGUGCAGUUCUUGCUGCUGAUUUGGUCGGUUUCCAAACUUAUGACUAUGCAAGACACUUCGUGAGUGCUUGUACUCAUAUCCUAGGAGUGGAGGGUACACUUGAUGGGAUAGAGGAUGAAGGGAGGCUUACACGUGUUGCUGCGUUCCCUAUCGGGCAAGAUUCCAAUCGGUUUAUCCGUGCUCUUGAAACCCCUCUAGUCAAAGACCACAUAAAAGAAUUGAAGGAGAGGUUUUUUGGAAGAAAGUACUCUUGGAUCAUCACUCAUUAUGAAGCAAAACUAUUGCUAGGAAGACCAUCCUUGUUUAAGGAGUUCACUCAAGUGACCAAGUCACCAAGUCAACAAUGCAUUAUCUUGACACCAUCUUAUUCAGUAGAAGCUCUCGAAAAGGAUAGAGGUGUGGCUGAACAUGUGAUCUUAGUGGAAAAGACCAAUAUACACCCGUUUCUCUUCUCAAUUCAAUCGUUAUCAUAA